UAUUAUCACGUCUACACCAGCGCGGGGCUCAUUUUUUAGGGAAAGUGGUGUAAUUGUGUGUAUAUAUUUACAUCUAGCUAUUCGUCUCAAUUGAGUCAUUCGCUGUUCCCUUCAACCCAUCUCUACGCGAUUUAUACUGUCUAGAUCAGGCACACGGGAUUGCGAUUGCCAAACUCACGUGAGAACACAACUACAGAAACUUACCAUACCAUGUCCCGACCUCUCCAAGGCAAACUGGCCAUCGUAACCGGUGCCUCACGAGGCAUCGGCGCGGCCAUAGCCAAGAACCUCGCCUCCAAGGGCUGCAACCUCGUCAUCAACUACACCUCCUCCUCCUCCACCGAGCUCGCCAACUCCCUCGCCGAAGACUUCUCCAAGGCGUACAACAUCCAAGCCGUUGCAGUGCAAGCAGACAUCGGGACGCCGAACGGGCCCAGCGCUCUCAUCGCCGCGGCACGGGAUCACUUCUCAUCAUCAUCACCAACAGACAAACCAUUCCAAAUCGACAUCCUGAUCAACAACGCCGGCGUCGCCCGCAACGCACUGCUCGAGAACGUGACAGUCGCCGACUUCGAAGAAACCUACCGAGUCAACGUUUUGGGGCCCCUCUUGCUAGUCCAAGCCGCGCAGCGGUACCUCCCGACCGACCGCUCCGGGCGCAUCGUCAACAUCUCGUCCGUGUCGUCUUCAACGGGGUUCGUGACGCAGUCCGUCUACGGUGGGACCAAGGCCGCCCUCGAGGCCAUGACACGCACCUGGGCCCGCGAGCUGGCCGAGCGCGCCACGGUAAACGCCGUCAACCCGGGCCCCGUCGAGGGGCCCAUGUACGCGAGCAACUCGCCUGAAUUUCUGGAGGGGAUCAGAGGGUGGAUCAUGCACACCCCGCUUAUGAAGGCCAGGGAGGGGGUGGAUUCUGAGGAGGUGGUGCAGGAGGCUAGGGAGCAUGGAGGUAGGAUGGCCAGGACGGCGGAGAUUGCUGGAGUGGUGGGCAUGUUGUGCUCUGAUGAGGCUGGGUGGUGUACGGGCCAGGUGGUGUGUGCUAAUGGCGGGAUGGUGAUGCUGCAUUAAUCGGUAAACUAAAGGGGGCAAUUUUGACUUGAGGCUGCUCUGAGGAUUGUAUUUGGGCUUGGAUGUUUCCACUGGUUGUGGACACCAUCUGCGAGACUAGUUUAAUAGGCCCUAUUCACAUCGCACACCUCCAACCAGUAAUCCCUGUCGGAGCCACACACGACACAGAUCGGGUAUGGUGUAGCGGUAACAUCGUUGACUCUCAUGGCUUCUGUCUGAGUGCCCUCAACAGCCCGGGGUUCGACUCCCCGUAUCCGAGAAAUGGUUCAGGGGUUGGUGGUGAAUUUUUUGUUUCCUUUCCCAGUGUUUUCUGCUU